AAAAACUGCAAUCGUAAAAUAUAUACUGAAAAAACUACCGAAAGCUUGUGAAACCUGUCAACCCUGUCAUUGUUUUACCAUACAAAAAUGUCCAACUUGCGGCGACAGGUGCUCAGUGCCUUCAAGAAACUCCAUCGCACACGGCAGUACGUGUUCCAAGGCGAUGUCAACGCUCUCGCAGCAGGUCGACUGAAAAUCAACGAAUCUUUCCUGCACAAUCGCAGCGAAACUAGCGAGGAUGAGAUUCAAAAGAUGAUCAAACUCGCGCAGGAUGUGGACCUGGAGCUGCGCACGAACGUCAUCCAAGCCCAAAAGAAGGAGAACGAUGUUUAUGAACUGAGGAUUACGCCGGAGACGACACGACUGGACAAUGUGGUGUUCAAUCCCGACGCAGUCAUCGAGAAACCACGCAGGCGACGCGGGGAAAAGAACACGGAAGGAUGCUGCGGUGGAGCUGCGAUGGCGGCUCUGGAAUCCGAGGUUCAGGCCCGCAACAAAUAGAACUAUUAUAUAAAUUAUUCAGCCGUAGUUCAGAUGCUUCUGUUUUGUUCAAUAAUUUCAUUUAUGUUUA